AUGGAUAUAAAAAGUUGGUUAUAUUAUGAAGAUACUCAUAGCAAUAAUAAUGCUUAUGAUAACAUUUUAGUUUUGAUUCAUGGAAAUCUAAUAUCUUGUAAAUAUUGGAGAAGAUUGAUACUAUAAAUAUAAUAAGUUAAUCCAAAAAUUCGUUGUAUUAGUAUGGAUUUAAGAGGAUUUGGAAGAUCAUAAGGUAAUUACAAUGUUGAUUAAAUUACUGAUUUAUCUAAUGAUGUGGAUAUUUUAUUAAAAUCAUUAUUAUCAGAUAAAAAUGAUGAGUAUUAUGAAAAACAUGUUUAUUUAGCAGGAUGGUCUUUAGGAGGAAUUGUAAGUAUGUAAUUAGCAGUUGAUUAUCCUAAUAAAUAUUAAAAACUCAUUUUGAUUGCAUCAGGAAGUGUUUGUGGUUAUGCUUUAAUGAGAGAAGAUGAAGAAGGAUAAGUUAGAUGUCAAACAAAAUAAUAAGUAAAAGAGCAUCCAAAAGUUGCAUUAUAAUAAUAAAAAUUAUCUGAUAAGGAUAGAGAAUUUAUGAGAAUGAUUUUUGAUAAGGUAUUAUUCAAUAGUGGUAAAUAUCCAGAAGAACAAGAAUAUUAAUAAUUAUUGGAUGAAACUUUUUUAUAAACAUAAUAUACUGAUGUUUGUUGGGCAUUAAAUCAGUUUGAUAUAUCGUAAUUUUAUUACUAUUUUUAAGAUCUGGAGGUAUAAACAAGGCUUCCUAAAUUAAAGGACCUGUGUUAAUUUAUCAUGGUGAAUUGGAUAUAGUAAUACCUAAGGUUUAUGCAGAAGGCAAUGCAAAAGAGAUAGGUGAAGAAAAAUGCACACUUAUUAUAAGACCUGGUGUUGGUCAUAUGCCUCCUAUUGAAGAUGACGCUAAUUUGGCUAUUGAAAUUAGUCGUUUUAUAAAUUGAUU